GGGGAAUCUCUAUCAGUUGUAAUGGAGUUAGUUAAGAGUGGAGAUUUAGGAAAAUGGUUGAGAGGUCAUAAGAAAAAAGACUUAAAUGACCCAUAUCAUACUGUUUAUCGUCAAUUUGUAGAAGAAAUAGCAGAGGGAAUGGCUCAUUUAAGCUCAAAAGGUAUUAUUCAUCGUGAUUUGGCAGCACGAAACAUUUUGAUAACUGAGAAGAAACAUAUUAAGAUUACAGAUUUUGGAUUAGCAAAACGUCUUGAAGACAAGAACUAUUACAGAAUAAAAUCACCAACAGAUUUACCUGUGUUUUGGACUGCCCCAGAGUGUUAUAGUCCAGGGUAUAAAGUUACACUUGAAUCAGAUGUCUGGAGUUUUGGUGUUGUUAUGUGGGAAAUAUACAGUGAAGGUCGAUCCCCUUAUUUAACACCCAAAAGAGAAAAUGUUGAGCACUUAAAAGCAGUGUGUUCUGGGGAGAGAUUACAAAAAUCUUCUGAUUGGCCUGACUUUAUCCAAACUUUAAUGGAUAAAUGCUGGCAGAUAGAUGCAAAAGACAGACCAUCUUUCGUUGACAUUGUAAAAGAAUUAAAGGAGACUGCUGUUUGA